CUUGGCCAAUGGAACCAGAUCCUCCCUGCAGUGCGUAAGAGCGCGUUUUAGGAUUUAACCAAGUCUUUGCUGCGGGGCUGGCUGCAGUCUUCAGCAGAGCCCGACGGCCCGAGAGCCUCUCGACACAAUGAGAGCGUGAUCUGCACACCGAUCUGGAGUUGAUUUCCUCUUUUCUUUUGUGCUUUUGGCUCAUUAAAUAAACUAAAUCAACGAAAUUCUUCUCGAAUGAUGACAGGAGUUUUUGAUCGGAGGAUCCCGAGUGUGAAACCCGCAGAUUUCCAGAGCUCCUUCCAGCUUUCCGCCAUGCACCAUCCGUCUCAGGAAUCUCCUACUUUACCCGAAUCCUCAGCCACGGAUUCUGGCUACUACAGUCCCGCCGGCGGAGUCCCUCACGGCUACUGCUCUCCCAGCUCCUCCUCGUACGGGAAGCCCCUCAGCGCCUAUCAGUACCAGUACCCGAGCGUGAAUGGAUCCGCUGGAAAUUACUCCACAAAGUCCUACAGUGACUACAGCUCGUACACGACCCCAGCCUACCACCAGUAUGCCGGGACUUACAGCAGAGUGCAAGCCCAGCAGAGUCCUCAAGGUACGGGCCCGAUUCGGAUCGGUUCGUGUGAAAUCAUGCAGAAAAAAGAGAUAAGCGAACCUGAGGUUCGGAUGGUGAACGGGAAGCCCAAGAAGGUGAGGAAACCUCGGACGAUUUACUCCAGUUUCCAGCUGGCCGCCCUGCAGCGGAGGUUUCAGAACACUCAGUACCUGGCGCUGCCGGAGAGAGCCGAGCUCGCUGCCUCGCUUGGUCUCACGCAGACACAGGUGAAGAUUUGGUUCCAGAACAGAAGAUCCAAAAUGAAGAAGAUCAUGAAAAAUGGCGAGCUUCCCCCGGAGCACAGCCCCAGCUCCAGCGACCCCAUGGCCUGCAACUCUCCUCAGUCUCCGGCCGUGUGGGACACGCAGGGCCCCUCCAGGGCGCACGGCCUGCAGCCACAGAGCAUCAACACGGUGGCGUCUAACUUUCUGGACAACACGCCGUCUUGGUACACCCCCGCCGGCAGCUCCAUGGCUCCCCACCUUCAGACCCCGAACUCAAUACAGCACUCGUUGGCACUCGGAACUGGGACGUUAUACUGAGAAGAAAAACAAAACCCCUGUUGUUCAUUUGGCUGAUUUUUAUUUUUUUAUUGUUAUUUUUUCCUUCUAUGGGACUCGUUCACAUUUCAGAGGAAUAUGCAAUGUAUUUGAUGACAGUCAUAGAGGAAACGUGUAAAAUGUGUAAAUGUGUGCAUGUAAUUUAUUGCAUUUUUUGGAAGACUAUUAAACGUUUAAAUGGACAAAGGAGCUUUGAA